CGUUCUCUAAUCUUGACAAAGCUGAUUGGGUCUUCUACAGCACAUUUUAUGAGCUGGAAACAAGAGGCGGUGGAUUGGAUGGCAAAAUUUUGGCCAUUGAGGACGAUUGGACCAACCAUACCAUCCAUGUACCUGGAUAAGCGUCAUGAAGAAGACAAGGAAUAUGGUCUCAGCCUCCUAAAGCCAUAUGUGUCGUUCGGCAGUGUGGCAAAACUCGGAGAAGAGAAAGUGGAGGAACUUUGUUUGGGUUUGAGGAGAAGCAAACACUAUUUCUUGUGGGUGGUGAGGGCAUCAGAAUCAGCUAAGCUGCCAAAAGGGUUUGCAGAGGAGACAUCUGAAAAGGGUUUGGUGGUUUCAUGGUGCCCUCAAUUGGAAGUGUUGGCACAUGAGGCUGUAGGAUGCUUCGUCACACAUUGUGGUUGGAACUCUACUUUGGAGGCCUUGAGUUUAGGAGUUCCAAUGGUGGCAGUGCCACAGUGGGUUGACCAGAGCACCAAUGCCAAGUUCAUCAUGGAUGUGUGGAAAAUAGGGCUUAAAGCUCAAGCUGAUGAGAAAGGGAUAGUGAGAGGAGAAGAAAUUGCACAUUGUGUGACAGAAAUAUUGGAGGGGGAGAGAGGGAAAGAGAUUCGAAAGAACGUUUUGAAGUGGAAAGCAUUGGCCAAGAGUGCAGUGGAUGAAGGUGGAAGUUCUGAUAAAAACAUUGAUGAGUUCAUUGCAAAACUGGUUCAGAAUCAGAACUAG